AGGCAAGGCCCGAUUGGCUGAUUCCCUUUGAUUGCGGCAUUAAGCAAAAUCUCCCAAAUCGAAAACCCUAAAAUUCGCAUUUCCAAAACUACACAUAAAGAUCGGAAAUUUUGUCAUAAGUUGCCAAUCUGGCAAGAAAUGAGACGAUCUGCGAUAUUCCUUUUGCUGUUAAUGAUCCUAGUUUCUCCAUCAAUACGCGGCUGCUUCUGCUCGGAGAUCUCCCAAACCUCUCUUUCCAGUCAUUUCCUGCCGCCCUCUCCUGACGAUGAUAUUGCAGUGGUGGUUACUCUGGACGGAACAAUGCAUUUAAUGGACAGAGUAUCAAGGAAAGUUCACUGGUCAAUUGCAUCAGGAAGACCGAUUUAUUCAUCAUAUCAGGCCUUCCAUGACCACGAUAACGAUAAGCUUAAUGCAUCUGGGCCAAACGGUGACUUGUUUGUCGAUUGUGGGGAAGAUUUGCAACUCUAUGUCCAUAGCUGGCGCCGAGGAAGAUUGAAAAAACUUGAACUGAGCGCUGAAGAAUAUGUUAGAAGAACACCCUACAUAGCAGAGGAUGGAGGGAUCACUUUGGGAGUAAAGAAGACCACUGUAUACCUUGUUGAUGCUAACUCUGGAAGAAUUGUUCAAACUUAUAGGUUAGAUGAUCCUCCUUCUACACUAGAUGUUCAGAAUGAUGCAGGAAAGACAGUUCUUUGGACAAAGGAUGCUGAAGCACUGAUGGAGUUUGGUCCUGUUAACUCAACAACAGUUCAGCAGCUUGUCUACAUCAUGAGGACAGAUUAUGUGCUGCAGUAUUAUUCUCCAAACUCUGGUGAAGUAUUAUGGAAUGUAGCAUUUGCCAAAAUUGAUGCUGAGCUUAGAUGUCUAGGGUCAGAAAAUAAAUUAUCUGUAGACUACAUGCGCGAUUCUGAGUUGCAAUUGCCUUGUAAGAUGAAGCCUGUUGUUAUCCAAAUUCGUGAUCACAAAUUGUUGGAGUCUCUCCCUGUCUUUGACUGGCUAGAUGGAAUAAUCCCUUUGCCAGCUUCAAAUCAAAAUCCUCGCUUGCCACCCGCUGAUAUAUUCCCACUGGCUCUUCCUAGUGAUAAACCAUGGCUUGCUUUGCCAGCUUCUGAGAUGGAAAACCCUCUUAUGUUGGAUGAUAGUAAUAUGAACAUCACGAGGAGGUCUGCUGAAAUGAUGGCGGGAUCCAGCAUAAAAUAUUUCAUCACUGUCCUUGCUACCAUGUUGACUAUCAUAGGCUUAGCCUUUUACCGCUUAAGACAGGGUAAAGGGAGUAAGCAAGAUCAGGAAUUUAAAUUGCAAGUGGUAGCACAUAAAAAGAAAAAACCUAAGAGAUCUGGGAAUGGUAAGAACACUACCAAAAAUGAGAAAAGGAAGAAACUUGUCCCAGAGGAGAAUACAGUCGGAAACACCAACAGGCUUCCAUAUAUGGAAGAGAAUGAAGGCAAAUCAUUGCUGACCUUUAGCAAUCUUGUUGAUGGUCGUAGAAUUGGUAAGUUACUUGUUUCCAACAAAGAAAUAGCUAAAGGAAGCAAUGGUACCAUUGUGCUUGAGGGGAUUUAUGAUGGCCGUCCAGUAGCUGUUAAACGUCUUGUGCAGACUCAUCAUGAUGUGGCUUUGAAAGAGAUCCAGAAUCUUAUCGCUUCUGAUCAACACCCAAAUAUUGUUCGCUGGUAUGGGGUAGAGUUUGAUCAGGAUUUUGUUUAUCUCUCUCUAGAGCGUUGUACUUGUAGCUUGAACGACCUGAUCUAUGUAUACUCCAAAUCUUUUCAAAUUCAAACAAUUGACAAGGAUGAAGAUUCAAAAUUAUUCAAUGAGUAUAAUUUUCAAUUACGUACUGUGAUGGAAAAUAACAAGGAUAUUGAACUUUGGAAGCCUAAUGGGUGCCCUUCGCCCCACUUAUUGAAAUUGAUGGGAGAUAUAGUCUCUGGGCUUGCCCAUUUACAUGAACUUGGUAUCAUACAUCGAGAUCUAAAGCCUCAAAAUGUUUUGAUAAUCAAGGAGAGAUCCCUAUGUGCCAAGCUUUCAGACAUGGGCAUUAGCAAGCGCUUGAUUGGGGACAUGUCUUCUUUAACCCGAAGUGCUACUGGUUAUGGGAGUUCAGGUUGGCAAGCACCUGAACAACUUCGUCAAGGACGCCAAACACGAGCUGUGGAUUUAUUUAGUUUAGGCUGUGUUCUAUUUUUUUGCAUCACUGGUGGUAAACACGCUUAUGGGGAUAGUAUUGAACGUGAUGUAAAUAUUGUGAAUGAUCGAAAGGACCUCUUCUUAAUAGAGACUAUACCAGAAGCAAUGGAUCUUUUCUCUCAUCUCUUGGAUCCCAACCCAGAAAUGAGGCCAAAGGCACAGGAUGUUUUGCAUCAUCCGUUGUUUUGGAGUUCUGAGGUGAGACUUUCGUUUCUUCGAGAGGCUAGUGAUCGGGUUGAAUUGGAAGACAGGGAGAAUGAAUCAGCUCUAUUAAAUGCACUAGAAAGUACUGCAACAGUGGCUUUGGGUGGGAAAUGGGAUGAAAAGAUGGAAACUGCAUUCCUUAAUAACAUUGGUCGGUAUAGGAGAUAUAAGUUCGAUAGUGUUCGUGACCUGUUGCGGGUAAUAAGGAACAAGUUUAACCACUACAGGGAACUUCCUCAAGAAAUCCAAGAAUUAUUGGGUCCAAUUCCAGAAGGAUUUGAUAGCUAUUUCUACAGUCGAUUUCCAAAACUCUUGAUUGAGGUUUAUAAGGUACUCUAUAAGUACUGCAAAGAGGAGAAAUUCUUCCAGAAAUAUAUAAAGAGCAAUCUGAUCUAAGUGUGAUUUGUACAUCUCCAGCUGACUGCUGUUCUUCUUAUACAAGAAUUUUAACAUCUGUAAAUAGAAAUUGUAUCAUAUUUCAGGUGGAUGACUGCUGCUGUUAA